CUGCCGCCGCGGCCCGGCCAGCCGAGCGGGCGCCGCGCUCCGAGCACACGCUCGCGCUCCAGCUCCCGCACUUCGCGGUUCAUGAGCUUGUGCUCUGACCGCAGCCCCCGCGAGCCGCCGCUGCAGUGCCCGCUGCCUCCUACCCGCCGCCGCGAGCGGGCCGGGAGGGAAGGAAGGAAGGCAGACGCGGGCGUGCGCCCCGCAGAGCCCGCGCCCCCUGCCCGCUGCCUGCUGCCCGGCCGGCUGGCACCAUGUUGCCCGCGCGCUGCGCUCGCCUGCUCACGCCCCACUUGCUGCUCGUGUUGGUGCAGCUGUCCCUAGCUGGCGGCCACCGCACCACGGGUCCCAGGUUUCUAAUAAGUGACCGUGACCCUCAGUGCAAUCUUCACUGCUCCCGGACUCAACCCAAACCCAUCUGUGCCUCUGACGGCAGGUCCUAUGAGUCCAUGUGUGAGUACCAGCGAGCUAAGUGCCGAGAUGCAAGCCUGGGUGUGGUACAUCGAGGCAGAUGCAAAGACGCUGGCCAGAGCAAGUGUCGCCUGGAGCGGGCCCAAGCUUUGGAGCAAGCCAAGAAGCCCCAGGAGGCUGUGUUUGUGCCGGAGUGUGGUGAGGACGGCUCCUUUACCCAGGUGCAGUGCCACACUUACACGGGGUACUGCUGGUGUGUCACCCCAGAUGGGAAACCCAUCAGUGGCUCUUCUGUGCAGAAUAAAACUCCUGUAUGUUCAGGUUCAGUCACAGACAAGCCCCUGAGCCAGGGUAACUCAGGAAGGAAAGUCUCUUUUCGAUUUUUUUUAACCCUCAAUUCAGAUGAUGGGUCUAAGCCGACACCCACGAUGGAGACUCAGCCAGUGUUCGAUGGAGAUGAAAUCACAGCUCCCACUCUGUGGAUUAAGCAUUUGGUAAUCAAGGACUCCAAACUGAACAACACCAGUAUAAGAAAUUCAGAGAAAGUCCACUCAUGUGACCAGGAAAGACAGAGUGCCCUGGAAGAGGCCCAGCAGAAUCCCCGUGAGGGCAUUGUCAUCCCCGAGUGUGCCCCUGGUGGCCUCUAUAAGCCCGUGCAGUGCCACCAGUCCACUGGUUACUGCUGGUGUGUGCUGGUGGACACGGGGCGCCCGCUGCCAGGGACCUCCACACGCUACGUGAUGCCCAGUUGUGAGAGCAAUGCCAGGGCCAAGAGUGUGGAGGUGGAAGACCCCUUCAAGGACAGGGAGCUACCAGGCUGCCCGGAAGGGAAGAAAAUGGAAUUUAUCACCAGCUUACUGGAUGCUCUCACCACUGACAUGGUUCAGGCCAUCAACUCAGCGGCGCCUACUGGAGGUGGGAGGUUCUCAGAGCCAGACCCCAGCCACACGCUGGAGGAGCGGGUGGUCCACUGGUACUUCGGCCAGCUGGACAGCAACAGCAGCAGUGACAUUAACAAGCGGGAGAUGAAGCCCUUCAAGCGCUAUGUGAAGAAGAAAGCCAAGCCCAAGAAAUGUGCCCGGCGUUUCACUGACUACUGUGACCUGAACAAGGACAAGGUCAUCUCGCUGCCCGAGCUGAAGGGCUGCCUGGGCGUUAGCAAGGAAGGUGGUAACCUUGGCAGCUCCCCCCAGGGAAAACGAACAGGCCCAAACCCACUCAUAGGAAGCCUCGUCUAAGAACAGAAAACCAAAGGGCAGGCGGAUAGCAGGGAGACCGGAUCAUCAGAAACCUAACCUUCGCCGUUGCCCCUGGCCCAGCCACAUCGCAUGUACAUAAGUGGUGCCCACCAUGUUUGCACUUUUAAUAACUCUUAUUUGCGUGUUCUGUUUUGGGUUUCAUUUUUCACGCCAAUAUCUAGUACCACAGUGGGAAAAGGAAAGGGAAGAAAGACUGUUUAUUCUCUCUCUUAUUUUAAGUUUUUGGAUCUGCUACUGACAACUUUUAGUUUUUUUUUGGGGGGGGGAGAAUAUUGUUGGGACUGAGAAGAAAGAGAUUUAUAUACUGUAUAUAAAUAUAUAUGUAAAUUGUAUAGUUCUUUUGUACAGGCCUUGACAUUGCUGUUUGUUUAUUCCCAUCCCUCUCCCUGCUGUGGGCUGUGUGGGCCCUGGAUACAUGGUCCACUUCCAGACCCCAGGACUCUAUUGCCAGCCCACCUGCAUUCUGCUUGGAGGCCGACCCUUGUGUGCAUGUAGAUGUGAGCCCUGCCUUUAUAUUGUAGAGUCCAUUGGUUCUUUCUGGUAGGAGGAGAGUACUGCUUUGUGCCAUAAGCUGUCAGGCUGGAAAGUCACUUGGCCUUUGGGCUCUUCUCCAGGGGUGGUUGGUUUGGGGAGCAGUGGGAGCUGCCGCUGGAUGGGAGGAGGUUCCAGCUCAUAUGAGCGGCCAGCAUAAGCACCGGUUCUCCCACACCCCAUGUGCUCCUGCUAUCCAGACUGCCAGAUGGCCCAGAAUCAGUGGGGAUACCAGUAUCUCAAUGACCCACUGAGCAAAUUAUCCUCAAAGGAUUUGCAUUAGGUCAAUGAAACAUUUUGAUCCAUGUUUAGCAUCUGCUCUGGGUACAGACCAUGUUAGGCAUGAGAGGGGAGGCAAAGAAGAAAAAGACACACAAUAGGGCCUAGUAUUUAGUAGAUGCUUACGAAGUAGUAGUUAUGCAGUAAAAGAGCUCAGAAGGUCUCACUGGAGUGUGCAGUGCCAGCAGGAAAGCGGAUGAGCUGAGAAAACUUCUCACCUCUCAAAUCCCACAAGUGCUGCUUCCCAAGACUCAGCUCUGUCAACACUGGGGUCAGACUGGGUUUUUACUUCUCUCCUGUCUCCCUACUGCCAUCCUCAGUGGUCACUGUAAGCUUGAGGGAGGACCUGGGUGAGUCACCUUAUUGGUAACUCAACAGUGUUUUUUUGUUUGUUUGUUUGUUUUACCCAAUACUGAGAUUCUUUCUGCUCCCUUAAAUUUUCUCCAGGCUUUAGACUGAUUCCAGAAGCAAAAUUGAUCUUGGGUCUCCUACUUCUGCCUCCCAAGCUGAGCUUUCCACCGACUCCAGGGUUCAGGAUGGGCUUCCCAGCCUUGUGCUCAGGGUGCAUCUUCCCCUGCCCGUUCAGAUGGCUUUCAGGCAGAGCAGCGAGUGACACUUGACGCCUCUUCCCAUGGGCAGCUGUGGCUGCAGUGAGGAAGGUGGGGAGUGUAGGCACGGUGUCCUCAUAGGAUUGCUCUUGGGAAUCUGGCCUCUCACAUUCCAUCCCAUGCUCUGGGCCUCAUCCCACAUUGUGCACCCCCUGCAUACACCCUCCCUUGGCAGGCUGUUUAUUCCACUUGGGGUCUGGGAGGCACCAUAAGCACUGGUCAGGGCCCUGCUCAGAGGGAGGGACUCAAUGCGGAGGAGCGUGACCUUCUCAGGACUGGAUCCAGUGGAGCCUUGGGUUAAAGGAGGUCCCUGCUGUCCUGGCCAAAGGCCUAGAAGUUUCUCUGGGGUGAUGUGGCUCCAUCCUGACACGAUAAGGUAGAAAGCAAACCCUUGCCCAUUAACUUGGACCAAAAAACUCAGCGUGCUGGAGAUGUGUAGGUCUCCCUGGGCAAACAGGAGGGUUUGCUGAGAGCUCAACCUUGUUUUGGGGUCUGGAGGCAGAAGCUUCCUUAUAGAAGUUCAGAAGUCAGGCAAUUCCUCUCUCAUAUGUGUGUAGGCUGUGUUUUGUGGGUUUCCUUUGUGAGGGAGGGAGGGAAACAAUUUGUAGCUUGUUUUAUAAAAAAUAAAGAUGGGUAAACCUUGGUG